GCGUUAGUCAGAAAUUCGAGGGCGAUAUUUAAUAACCCCCAUUAUAUUUUAUAAUAAUAAAAUUUAAAAAAAAAAAAAAAAACGGUUGAACAUAGCCCUACCUCCUAUUAACUCUCCUUGUACCUAAGUGGCAUAUCUUAGAGUUGAAAUAAGAUAUUGUAUCAAUAGGUCAAGGGUUCAAGGGUUAGUAUCAAAAACAUAGCCCUACCUCCUCCUCUUGUUCCCCCGUCUCUCUCUCAACGGUCUCCAUUGAAGCGCAGUUCACGUUCUCUGUUGAAUCGCAGUUCAAUCGAGGCGCCUUCUAAUACUUGUAUCCCCCAUUGAAGAAGCUUCUGAGAUGCCAAAACAAAAUCCCAGAAAACUGAAUCCUAACCUGAGGAACAAUGGAAGUGGCUAUCCUGAAGAUGAAGACCAAAUAAAGUCAUCUUCUGUAGUGGGGGAUGGUGGAGCAAGCUUGAUAAUGAAGGCGUUGAAGCGUGCGCAGGAGCAAGCAGCACGUGAAGGGCGAAAUGUUAAAGAGGUUUCAGGAGCAGGAAAAAAUCGAACACUUGCUGCUUGCAGCAAGAGGCCGAGGACGGUAGACAAGUAUUCAGCAUUUAUUUCGUCUAUUCCCAGCGAAAUUAUGCAUCACAUAUUAUCACUUCUUCCUGCUUCAGUUCUUCAGGAGAUUGUGAGGUUUGUUUGCAAGGAGUGGAAUGCUAUAAUCACUAACCCGCUCUUUAUUAGAGCCCACCUUCUUCAGUCCUUGUCAUCUCCUGCUACUACUGGUUUCCUUAUUUAAGACCACAAACUGCAUGAUG